AUGAAAACAUUACAAGACAUGUAAAAACUCAAUUAACAACAUAAAACUACAUUCACUCAUACUAACCAAAUCACUAACAACUCUAACUCUCUUUGGUUUCCUCGCGAUGUUUAAUCUCCAUUUUCAAAUGCUAUCAGUUAAUUGUCUCCUUAACUUUCUGAUAAUAACAUUAUUCACAAAACAAGGGGUCCUCUUAGAUCUUGGAGUUAAUCAAUCGAAAAAUAAAUUAUUUCUAGAGAUCUUGCUCCUAAAAUUAAUAAACUAAAUCAAUAACAAUCUGCAAGAUAAGAAAAACAUUUUCUUGGAUCCAUCAAUGGAAUAUCUAAAAUUAAUUCACCAAAAUCCCAAGCCAAUCAAACUAUUUCAAUUCAUAGUUCAAGUAGAAUUGACCCUAAAGCCAAAAGAAAACUUAGUCAAAUGAGCAAAGGAAACUUUUUGCAUUUUUUAUUAAUUUAAAAAGUUGGACAUGUACUAUCAAAUAUUAUUAAUAGAAAGACGAAAAGCUAUUUUAUGACUAUCUCAAAAAAACUUACAAUUUUGAAAUUCCUUAACCUAUAGAAGAAUAAUCAAUUAAAAUAAAAAAAAAAGAUAUAAAAUAUCUCUUCACAAUUGAUGAUGAUGAUGAAACUAUUAAGAAAACUAGUCAAUAGAUUUUUAAAAUGCAUAAAUCACGGUAUUAAAAAGAAGUCCCACUUGAUAAAUAUGUUUAGGAUACUUAUGAAUCGUAAUUAAGAAGAUUUCCAAAAGUCAGGUAAAAGCUUGAAAAAUCAAAGCCCUUUAACCUUGCCUUAUGA